CUGAUGUACGACCAUAUGGCGACUCUCACAGAAGAAAUUUCUUUCGUUUGGUGUCGUCCAAAAACACUAUCUGCAAUAUUGUUUCUCGUCAAUCGCUAUGUCGCUCUGCUCGGCAAUAUCUAUGUCUUAUUUGUGUAUUUCAUACCCAUUUCAGAUGAGAGGUUUCAACUCUUUAUUUUCAACAUCUGUUGUUUUGCUCAAUAAAAUACUAGCUGUCCGAAAUUUUUAAUGUCCAGAGAAUUGCUCUUCUUUCUCCAACAAGUUCUCGUUUGUCUUAUAUUGACUCUUCGCACUUAUGCUCUCUACUACCGUAGCAAGCGCCUCCUUGCUUGGAUGAUAAUCAUCGUCUGUGCUCUUGGGGGAGUAACUGCGGGAACGUUCAGUCUCCAUUCAAACACUAUGAUCGCCAUUCCAGGAUUAAAUUGCUAUGGAUCAUAUACAAUAGGCAUAGCCGUCAGUCCUGGGUUGGGAUGGGUGACACUAUUUGUCUACGAAUUGCUCAUCUUUGUCCUCACAGUUUGCAUGUUAUGCAAAACUAGAGGACUGUCCCUGGGAAUGUCGAGGAGAACUAUUCUUGAUAUCAUAUUCCAAGAUGGUAUAAUGUAUUUUGCGGUGAUGACAUUGAUUAAUAUACCCAACAUCCUGACAUACUACUGUGGUCCAGAUACUACCAGAGGCAGUCUGGCUACAUUUACAAGCUGCAUGUCCGUGACUCUUGUCUCUCGGCUCAUGCUUAACCUACACAAAUCUAUCGACGCUGGCAUUUUGUCCACACUGAUCAAUGAUGACGGUCCCAGCUCCGCUGUCCUUACCACUAGAGUCAAUGUACAGUCUGUGAUUUCCUCUCACUAUUGCUAGGUUAAUAUUAUCUUAUGUUUCUGUAUGCGAAUAUUCUUUUCGGAACUGGAAAGUGU